CAGGAAGUUGAUAAAUUGCGAGGCCCGCUGCUGAGAGACGGUGGCUCGGGUGGGACAAUCGCCAGGGAUGGCGGAGCGUAAGGAUGGAGCGGGUGUCCGGGCUGCUUUCCUGGACGCGGAGCAGAGUCCUGUGGCUCUCCGGCCUCUUUGAGCGGGGAGCUGCCCGGCAGCCCCGGAUCAUGGAAGAGAAAGCGCUAGAGGUUUAUGAUUUGAUUCGAACCAUCCGGGACCCAGAGAAGCCCAAUACCUUAGAAGAACUGGAAGUGGUAACCGAAAGUAGUGUGGAGGUUCAGGAGGUAAACGAAGAAGACUAUUUGGUUAUAAUCAGGUUCACGCCAACAGUACCUCACUGCUCUUUGGCAACCCUUAUUGGGCUGUGCUUAAGAGUAAAACUUCAGCGGUGUUUACCGUUUAAACAUAAGUUGGAAAUCUACAUUUCAGAAGGAACCCACUCAACGGAGGAAGACAUCAACAAGCAGAUAAAUGACAAAGAGCGAGUGGCAGCUGCAAUGGAAAACCCCAAUUUACGGGAAAUCGUGGAACAGUGUGUCCUUGAACCUGACUGAUUGCUGUUUUAAGAGCCACUUAACUUUAAUUGUUUGGUAUAUUUGUUUAAAUUCUUUGUAAAAUGUAAAGACUCAUGUUUAAUACAUAGGUGAUUUGUACCUCGAAGCAUUUUUUUAAUGGAUGAUUUGCAAGCAAGAUUUAAUUAUAUGUAGUACCUAGUUUGUUCAGUGUAUAACAUUCUCAGGAUUUGUAACACUUAAAUGAUCAGACAGAAGAAUAUUUUCUAGUUAUUAUGUGUCAGACAAGUUGCUAUUUUUCUGACGCCUCUUCUGGUACAACUACUUUUCAUGUCAAAUAUUUACUGUGCCCAAAUGCGCUCAAUUUAAAUCAUUACUCUGUAGAAUAAAUAAAACAGAGAUGAUUC